AUGGCCAACGACCAUGUUCUCGAACUUCCAAAGUUCGUGUGGGCUCUCAAGAUCGUUCAGCUUGUUUUCUCGGUUCUAGUUCUCGCUCUUGCAGCUGUGAACGUCUCGGCCAUUGCGUAUAAUGCUCACGCCCUGUCGAUAUUCACCGCUCUCUUCAGCAUCUUGAUCUUGGUCUACUACUUCGUUGCAAUCCACGGUUCCAUUAAACUGUACAACUGGAUUGCGCUGCUUAUCCUCGAAUGCCUCGCCCUAAUCUUCUGGCUCUCCACCUGGGCCGUCCUAGCAGCGCUAUACGCAACCCCAACAUACUACAGCUAUGACUCCUACUACUACUGGUACAAGCGAUCUCUAGAGAAGAGGAUCACAGUUUCCGACUACACCGGCACAUUCAUCUCCGCUCUGACAUUCAGCGUCAUCAACUUCAUACUCUAUUGUAUCACCCUGACCUUCAUCUCCCUCGCCGCGCACCGUCACCGUAAAGCAGGUCGACCAAUGAAGUACGGUGGUACAACAGCUUCUGCGACCACCGCGGACAUUGAACAUCAGCCUGCACCUGUAUCUCCGGAAACGACUCAGUACGCUCCUCCUCCUCAGUCAGGUGUCGCGCCGACGCAGACACAGCCAGCUGUGAUUCAGCCGCAGUACACGGGCGUUUGA